AUGGUCCAACUGGUUAAAUUAAGCCCCGAGACACUGAUCAGUGCUCCGCGUCGCAGUGCUGCCGUACCAAACUCAGACGGAACUCUUGUGCUCUUUACCGAGUCCACGCAUGAGAUUGGAAAGGGAACAACAACCGUGCUGCGCGUGCUGACCGUUUCGAGUAACACCUCUGUAGAGCUUACCGACGAAGAGGGCGUGCACGACGCGCACUGGCUCCCCGGCACGCGAGACCACAUUGUUUAUCUGAAGGCUGGGGAUAAGGGCGUCACGCAGGCUGUAGUUGCCAGUGGGAGCAAUGUUAGCAGAGAGCGUUAUGUGGCCGCUACAUUCGACGCGCCUGUGGCGAACUUGAAGUUGAAGGCUGUGGACGAUGGAGUUGCGUUUGUAGUUACGGGGUUGAUUGGGCCUGAUGGAAGACUUUAUAACGAGACGGUUGUUGACAAGCCGUCGACGGUGAGGGUAUUUGACAAACCGGCAAUUCGAUUCUGGAACGAACUAUACCGGUCCGAGAGGUUUACUCUCUGGUACAACAAGCUGCUCUUCCGAGAUGGGAAAUGGAAACUCGCAGGCGAGCUCAUCAAACUUUUAGACGAUGUCAAUCUCGAAGGCCCCCUCGGGAUGUACGGUGGCAACAGCAGCACCAACAACUUUGACAUUGGAUCAGCUGGGAUCACCGUUGUAGCAAGGGAUUUAUCCUGUCGAAACCCUCAGGAAACAAUGGUUUCUGUUCAAAUUUACGUGCCGUUGGAGUCAUUCACAUCACCGCCAUCCCAGAAACCCCAACAAAUAAUAGCACCCUCACUCCAGGUUAAAGGCUACGCAAGCAAUAUACGGUUUAGUCCGGACGGCGCCGUCAUCGCCUACCUCUUCACGCAAUUAUGCGACCUUUACAACAACCAUGUCCAUUUUGCGCCGACGGAAACGCUCACUGUUACCAAGACACUAGGCGGACAGACACAUAAUAAGCGAACCGGCAGGGAACCACCCGCGGGGUUCGAAUUCGCAGGCUCAUCUACGACAUUGAUCGUACAGAGUGAGCGACAAGGAAGAUCUGAACUCGACUACGUUGACGUGUUUAACGAGCGGCAGUCAAAGACGUUCUACCGCGGCGGAAUAGUCAGCGCAUUUCAUCCUCUACGUACCAGAACAUGGGAUGAACUCAUAGUUUCUAGCUCUUCUUUCAUAGAGAGCAGCAAAUGGGAGCGCAUUGGUGUUCCAGAGCCACGGAUCCAGAGCUUGGGAGUAUCCAUGAGGAAUAGCGGCAAAAAGUUCGGCUUACAUGGCGGUAUGGUGAGAGAGUUUUGGUUCCCGGGCGCUGACGAGGUGUCUGUACAUGCAUUCAUGGUUGUACCGAGUGAUUUUGAUGAACGGAAGAAGUAUCCCGUUGUCGUGAGGCCGCAUGGUGGACCGGUGUCUUCAUGGACAGAUUCGUGGAUGGUUGCGGCAAAUUUUGCGGCUUGGGCUGAGCAGGGUUAUGUGGUGAUAUUACCGAAUUUAAGCGGCAGUAUUGGCUAUGGAGUGGACUUUGCGAGACGAGUGAAUGACUCGUGGGGCGGGAAGCCAUUCGACGAUCUUCAGAGAUUAAUGACCCAUUUAGCGAAUAUCCCCUUUUUGGAUAUGAACAAGGCGGUUCUGGUGGGAGGGAGUUAUGCAGGGUACAUGAUAAGCUGGUGUUUUGGUCACGACAUCAUAAACAAGUUCUGCUGCGCCAUCUGGCACGACGGCAUCUUCAACAUCCCCUCGUUCCAACUCCAGAGCGACAUCGUCAUCAAUGACAGUAGCUUUGGCUCCUCGCCCUAUCCGUGGGACAACAUGGCGCGUCUGGAGGCUUUCAAUCCGGCGAAGCCAGAACUGCUACGGAAUUGGAAGAAUGCGCCUCCUACGAUUAUUGUACAUAGCAGUAAGGACUAUAGGUGUCCCAUGACAGAGGGCUUGGCGGCGUUUACUACGUUGCAGGCGCACGGGGUGCCGAGUAGGUUCUUGACGUUUUCGGAUGAAGGACAUAUUGUGGAAGGGCCAGAGAAUUCGCUGGAGUGGUAUAGGGUCGUGUUUGGGUGGGUGAGGAGGUGUGUUGAUGGGGAGAUUACUAGGGACAGCCAGACGUGGUGA